AUGCCAGGCAAGAGCGAUGGGCAGGGGGAUGAGUACUCAGAAUAUUGGAACCCGAUCGAGGACUCGAUGACCAUGGCACCUCCCUUCAGAUACAAUACCCCGCGUUCCAUCAUGCCAAAGGGCACUCUGUUCCCCAAUCUAGGAGAGGCGCACCAAGCCAUCACUUCUCGGCUGGCAUCACGCCCAACGACUGGGAACCACAUCUCUGACAGCUCACUACGGUCUUCCUCAUCCACCGACUAUUUUGUGGUCAAUGUUUCUGGCCCAACCAACUCGGCCCAGAGCCUAUCGAGUGUCCGGCACAUGGAACCUGCCAAACCCAGCCUCCCAGAGCGCCAGAGAUGCUUGACAGCUUCCAGGCCCUCCACGUCCAGAAGCACUGGAUGGGCCAAUACACCGAGUGAACCCUCUCCAAUUGUUUCUGGCUUCGAAUCAUCCAGUGCUGGCAAUUCCGUGGGAAACAACUUGAACAAUGGCGCCAGAGAAGGGAACAGAGGCAAUCUAGAGCCUUCUGAGACCAGCAAUUCUGUGGGGGAUAUCUACGAUCAGUACCAUACAUCCCCAACAGCGACUCAAGGAUCCAGGGCUGUUGAUGGUGCGGCUCCGAGCAACACUCACCUCUACCAUUCGGAGGCAGAUCUUACGAGCUCACAUCCCCGCUCACCCGACAUUGGGCGAGUAAAAACCAGCAUUGGCCCAGGCAACACUCUCUGGCAAAGGUACCACCUAGGUGAUGAAUCUCACCAGUUGCCUCUACCCGAGCCGUCCCGCACGCGCGGGCACACAACAAAUUUGCCAAGGGGCUCUUUCAACGUUGUGCAGAAUUUCAGCCGCCCCGCGCUCUCCAUUCACUCUGUUUCCACUCUCCAAGAGCCUAUGUCAGCGCCUGCCAAUCUUAGCCAGGCAAGCAGCUUCGAAGAGAGUUUGCCCAACUUGGAGACUCGCAAUAGUUCAGAGCUUGUUCACUCUAACACCGGCCCCGCAAACUCAGACUUUGUUAUUUACGGCAGGCUGCCUCCUCAGUCUGACGAUGAGAGUCUGAAAGAUCGAAUCUGCCAGGGUGGUGAUGUUAGCCAUGGUGGGAUGUCCAACGGGGUGUCUACCGACUCUGACGAAGACCCGUUCAAGUAUGACCGUGGUUCCUUCACUGUCUUUCUGCAGCCUUCCAGAGAGAGAGAAGUCAGUGCUGCACUUCGUUUUGUGAGCGCCGACAGUACAGCAUCGGCCAGUGGUAUCUUUCAAGACUCCCUGUCACUGGAACCCGACACUCCCCGUGUCGCUCAAAGCACCAACAAUCCCUUUGUCAACGGGUUGCAAUCCUACCACGCAGCUACUAUCGACUAUGACUGGGAAGAUGGAGAUCUCCCUCGCGAGGUCAAAAUCUCUGUUCGGUCUCCACCCGCCCCCCCAAACUCGCCAGUGCAGCGGACCUUUGGUCUAAGUGACUAUAUCGAGGGGCUAGGUGGUGGCCGCCGGAGGAAGGAUAUCAACACCCUCGUGAGCGAUGGGGCCGAUUGGGAGACUGUCGCCACGAGCCUUGGCCAAUUUGAUAGCAACCGUGCUCUGGCUUCCUCUACGGGCUACAGUGAAAGCCAGUUGGUGAAGGUCACAGGCAGCAGCAUCGCAGACUAUUCCGACACCAGCAGCAUCCAUGUGCCUCAGUUUGAUGCCUUUUCGUCGUCCACGGAACGGAUUCUACAGCACCCUGAUUCUGAGCACAUGCACAACACCCACUACCCUCGGUCCCUAAACAACACCAGGCGCCCGGUAUUUCUCCCGAAGCCACGCAUCCACCGCGUCAACGGUUAUCUUCAUGAUCCCCUCCGAAAGCUUACCGAUACAACGACUGGAAGCAGCGCAAACUCAGCUAGGAGUGCUCUGGUAGAAAAGCUCAGUGCCUCGAUUCGGUCCCGCAAAGAGAGGAAGCUCGCCCAGCGUCGGGAUCAAUCUUUCGGCCAACAAUGGUCCAGAUCCAGAUUUGAGUCGCUGGAGUCGCUCUCGUCGACUUAUUCAGAGCAGCCUGAGGAGGAGGACAACACACCAAUUGCCAGCAGCCCAGAUCAGAAUGGUAUAACACCGAUUCCGAGGCAGGAAAAUCACGUUGGACUUACUGUCACUGGGGGUGAAAUUGGGCAGCAGCAUGUGCGAAACAGCAGCAAGGAAUUACUGGCAUCUCCUAUCCCCAGGGAGCCCACUGCAGCCCAUAUCAAGAACCGACACGCGACUCUUUCUGCCCAAUCUCCCCGGGACUUUGAAUCGCCCACUCUGUUCACGUUUCCAUUGAUUAGUUUGCAAGAGGCCGCUAGGCGCAAGGCAAUUGGGGCCCAGAACGGCGACGACUGCACCGUUACAACUCGGAAAAACUGCAGCAUAGACGCGUCGAGGGCGACAACCCAAAGAACCACGCCGCCCACACCUCAGAUCACCAAGCCCAUUCCGGCUCAUGCCAGCCGCCCCACGUCUGCUAGCAUUCUGGGUAUCUCGAGGACCCAUCGUGGUUACUCCGAUUAUUCGCAGGACCACAUUGUUCUCGGCCACGACCGCGGCAUCUCGAACGUAACCUCCUACAAAAGCGGAACCCCGCUCGUCCCAGGCCACUCCGCCCUCUCGCGCUUUUUCCGGCCUCCCUUCGAGCCCGUCACUAGCAGCGACGCCUCCUUCCUCGGACCGGGAAACCAAUCCGUCUUUGAGACCCCGCCCUGCCUCAUCGCACGCGACGAGCGCAACACCGCCCGCGCCGUGAACCUAACCAUGAGCAACGCCCGCAAGACCAUGACCGCCGACCUGCACACCAUCGCCGUUAUGGAAUCCAGCGCCACAGCCGGCGCCAGCGGCGGCGACAGAGGCAACCCCCUCGCCUUCUUCCCAUCCACCGCCAUCGACGAUGCCGACGCCGACGCCGACGCCGCCGCCUACCUCUCCUGGGAGGCCCGCAAGCGCCGCCAGGCUUACUACUACGCCAUGUGCUCCCUGUGUGUCGUGCCCUUCUUUGCCCUGCUCGUCUACCGCGGCACGUUUGAUUCGGCCCUGUCGUGGUACACUCGCGGCGAGACGGGCUCGCUGACCCGUCGCCAGCGGCGGAAUACCUUGGUGAUGGGGAUUGUGUUUUCGGGUGUGUGGUUGGUGGCGCUGACGGUUUUUGUGACUGUGAUGGUGAACCGGAGGGGGGGUUAG